AUGGCAGAUCAUCUUACAGUUGAACAAAUAGCUGAAAUCAAGGAAACUUUUUCUUUGUUUGAUAAGAACGGCAUAGGGACGAUCAGCCUAGAUGAAAUGUGCAUUAUUGUUAGAGCUCUUGGCCAAACUCCAACAGAAAAUGAGCUGGAGGUAAUGAAAAAUGAAGCAGAUCCAGAUGGGACAGGAAGAGUGGACUACCCAGAAUUUUUAUCGAUUUUUGCGAAGUACCAAAAAGAGCCAGUUUCUGAGCUUGAGCUUAUUACAGCUUUUGAAGAGCUAGACGAAAUGAAAAAAGGAAAUAUCACUGUUUCAAGGUUAAGGAACUUAAUGACAAAGUUUGGUGAGACUCUUAAUCCCCUUUCCUUGAGAAGCAAAAAUUUUUAGAUAAAUUAUUAUAAUAAAAAAUUUGUUAUCUUUACUAAAUUAUUAUACCAAAAUAUUGGUUUAAUAAUUAGACUAAAUUUUCCUUUUUUGUAAAUUUGGAUAUUUCUAAACUAAAAUAUUUGUAUGUGUAAACUUUUAAAUAAAUUUUGCUUGCUAAAAGAGGAAGGAGUUAGUGAAGAAGAGCUGCAAAAAAUGAUUCAUUAUGCAAACCCUGACAAUGACGGCAAUAUUAACUAUAGAGAUUUCGCAAAGUUGAUGAUGUCUAGAUAA